AUGGCAGAAGGCAACGUUCCAUCCCAGAUGAAGGCCUGGCAGUUCACGUCAACACAGGGAGGCAUUGAAAAGAAUUUGAAGCUCAACCCUGCCGCUCCUCUCCCUAAGCGAAAGCCUGACCAGCAUUUAGUACAAGUUAUUGCAGCAGCGCUCAAUCCAGUUGACUACAAGCCCGCCGAAGUCCCGCUAGUCACCCGCUUCUUCCUCCCUAAGCCAGUAACCCCGGGCCUUGACUUUGUCGGCAAGAUUGUCCAGCCGGCCGAUGGUUCUCCUCUCAAACCAGGCCAGAUUGUAUUUGGCGCUGCAGGUAACGGCUUGAUUGGCGGUGCUCUCGCGCAGUACGCGGUCGCAGGCAAGUCAGGAGUGGCCUCAUUGCCACCAAGGGUUGACCCAACCUGGGGAGCCACCGUCAAUGUUGCUGGACUUACGGCCUACCAGUCGAUCGUGCCGCAAGUCAAAGAGGGAAGCAACGUGUUCAUCAAUGGUGGCAGCGGUGGCACGGGCGUCUUCGGCAUUCAGUUCGCCAAAGCCAAGGGUUGCUAUGUCACCACGACAUGCUCGACACCGAACGUUGAUCUCUGCAAGAGCCUCGGCGCAGAUGAAGUGAUCGAUUACAGGACGUCGGAUGUUCUCACUGCGCUGAAGUCAAGCGGGAGAAAGUACGACCAUGUCGUCGACAAUGUUGGCCAUGACUUGAAGCUGUACUGGAAAGCACAUGAGUUCACCACCCCAAGCGCAGUCUAUGUUCUUGUGGGCGCCACAAUCUCGUUUGGCUUCUUUGGCGAACUCUUGUCCGCAUGGAUGAGACCAGGAAUUCUUGGAGGUGGAAAGCGAAAGCUUUCACAAAUCUUUGCCGCACCGUCGGAGGAGCAGCUGGGACAAAUUGGCAAGUGGUUCGAGAGCGGCCAAGUCAAGCCAGUUUUCGAUGCCAAGUUCAAGUUCGAGGACGCGCCAACGGCAUUCGAGAGAAUGAAGACUGGCAGGGCGAAGGGAAAGAUUGUGGUGGAGGUUGACUUGGAUGCAGCCAAGAAACCUUGA